CUAGGUUACAAAAGGAGCAAAAAACAGCACUAACUGUUUAUUUACUGCUCACAUUCAUAAAAAAGCGAGACUAACGGAAUAACGCUAACGCAGUUUUUGAAGGAAAACUAUCUUAUGGAUCCAGCUAAGCAACUAGGAAUUGGGAAAGAACAGGCGAGAAUCGAACAUUUGGCGCGUCGAAAUUUCCAGAAAAAAUGGGCUAAACUGGCGGAUGAAAAGUUGAACAGGUUCUACAACCAAAACGAGGUCAAUCAACAGCUGAACGAGAUACUGAAAAACAAAGAUCUCUGCCCUUAUAAAUACACGGGUAAAGGGGACUCAUAUUUCGUGUCGCCGGAUAUGUACAACUCAAUGCUGGCCAAAUGUCGUUGUGGCCGUAAGCGUAGUGAGACACAUAUUUUAAAAUGCCUACAAAAAGCGGAGAAUCCGUAUAAUCAACGAGCAGCGUCAGCUGAUGUCAGUGCUGAAAAUGCAGGCCAAGCCACUGGCGAUAGAAGCAAGAGUGCGGCCAAUGCUUCUUAUCCAAAAACCUCAAAUUCUUUAAUUGGUUGGCAAAAGCGUCCUUCCAGCUACAAACAGUGGGAGAACUCAAUGAAACACAUCUCACCAAUCGCCACUAUGCCUCAACCACGCCUGACUGCGACUUCAUAUAAUAUACUUCAUAUUGCCUAAGUGAUUCACACAAAUAGCCGAUAAACAUUUCAUCUUUAACUUUUAUAAAAAUAUAUGUAUAUUU